GUCGCGGGCGGCUCCGCCCUGCGCGGCAGGGAAGGCGGGGCGGACGGGCUCCGGAAGGCGACGGGAAGGAACCGGAUUUGGGGCGAUGGCGGCGCCAGACGCGCUGCUGGUGAUGGGCGUGAGCGGCUCGGGGAAAUCCACCGUGGGCGCCCUGCUGGCAUCUGAGCUAGGAUGGAAAUUCUACGAUGCAGAUGACUACCACCCAGAGGAAAAUCGAAUGAAGAUGCAAAAAGGGAUACCGCUGAAUGACGAGGACAGAAUUCCAUGGCUCUGCAAAUUGCAUGACAUUUUACGAAGAGAUGUAGCCUCUGGACAGCAUGUAGUUCUAGCCUGUUCAGCUCUGAAGAAAGUAUACAGAGACAUCUUAAUACAAGGAAAAGAUGAUGCACCUCUAGAGUGUGAUCACUCGAGAAAUGAAGAAAAGCCAGUUGACGUGAAGCUCCUUGUGGUCCAUCUGACUGGGUCAUUUGACAUCAUCUCUGGACGCUUACUCAGAAGAAAAGAUCAUUUUAUGCCCCCUGAGUUACUGCAGUCGCAAUUCGAUACUCUGGAGACCCCAUCAGCUCCAGAAAACUUUAUCCAAAUCAAUGUGGACAAAAAUCUUUCAGAGAUAAUUGCUACAAUUAUGGAAACUCUAAAAUGAAAUGAGAAUCAUUUAUAUCAGUGGUCCAGACCCAUCAGACGUAACUCUGUCUCCCAUCUCAAACCAUGUUCUCUCCAGAUUCUUCUUAAGGUGAAUAAACCACAACGUGCUGAGGUAUUGUUCAGGUGGAUUUUUGGGAAUCUGGGAGACUUUUAUCAUCAUGCUGUGGCACAUUCAGAGAAAUGGAGUGGAAACUUGGAAAGUGAAGCUUCACUGAAGUUUACAUUCAUGUGACCCAAUCAAAUGAUCAGAGGAAAUUAUAUAAUCAAAGCUGUAAACCCUGACCUUAUUUAGAACAUUCUUGAUCAUGCUUGUACUUGGACAAAUAAAUGAAACUUGGCUACCCUGGG